AUGAGCCUCUCCAUGAGAGAUCCGGUUAUCCCUGGGACAAGCAUGGCCUAUCAUCCGUUCCUACCUCACCGGGCGCCGGACUUCGCCAUGAGCGCGGUGCUGGGCCACCAGCCGCCUUUCUUCCCCGCGCUAACGCUGCCUCCCAACGGCGCCGCGGCGCUCUCGCUGCCCGGAGCCCUGGCCAAACCCAUCAUGGAUCAGUUAGUGGGGGCUGCUGAGACCGGCAUCCCUUUCUCAUCCCUGGGACCCCAGGCACAUCUGAGGCCUCUGAAGACCAUGGAACCCGAAGAAGACGUAGAAGACGACCCCAAGGUGCACCUGGAGGCCAAGGAACUUUGGGACCAGUUUCACAAGCGGGGUACAGAGAUGGUCAUUACGAAGUCCGGAAGGCGAAUGUUCCCUCCGUUUAAAGUGAGGUGCUCUGGCCUGGAUAAAAAAGCCAAGUACAUUUUAUUGAUGGACAUUAUAGCUGCUGAUGACUGUCGUUAUAAAUUUCACAAUUCUCGGUGGAUGGUGGCCGGUAAGGCAGACCCCGAAAUGCCCAAGAGAAUGUACAUACACCCGGACAGCCCCGCUACGGGGGAACAAUGGAUGUCCAAAGUCGUCACUUUCCACAAACUGAAACUCACCAACAACAUAUCGGAUAAACACGGAUUUACUAUACUCAACUCCAUGCAUAAGUACCAGCCGAGGUUCCACAUCGUCAGAGCCAACGAUAUUCUGAAACUGCCCUACAGUACUUUUCGAACAUACCUGUUCCCGGAAACAGAGUUCAUCGCCGUGACUGCCUAUCAGAAUGACAAGAUAACUCAGUUAAAAAUAGACAACAAUCCUUUUGCAAAGGGUUUUCGGGACACCGGCAAUGGCAGGAGAGAGAAAAGAAAGCAGCUUACCCUGCAGUCCAUGAGGGUGUUUGAUGAGAGGCAUAAGAAAGAGACUGGGACAUCGGAUGAGUCCUCCAGUGAGCAGGCAGCCUUCAACUGCUUUGCCCAGGCCUCCUCUCCCGCUGUGUCCACCGUGGGGACAUCCAACCUCAAAGAUCUGUGUCCCAGCGAAGCAGAGAGUGACGCCGAGGCUGAAAGCAAGGAGGAGCACGGCCCCGAGGCCUGCGACGCUGCCAAGAUUUCCACCACCACCACCGAGGAGCCAGGCCGAGAUAAAGGCAGCCCGGCCACCAGGGCGCAGCUGUUCCCCGCGGAACCCAGCCGGGCCCGCGACACCGCGCGUCUGGACAAGGCAUCGCCAGACUCGCGCCACAGCCCGGCCACCAUCUCGUCCAGCACACGCGUUCCGGGAGCGGAUGAGCGCAGGAGUCCCGGGCGCGAGGGUCCAGUCGCCACCAAGGUAGAUGAGGCGCGCGCGAUCCCUGCCAAGGACGCCUUCGCUCCACUGUCGGUGCAGACAGACGCCUCCGCGCACCUGACCCAGGGGCCUCUCCCAGGCUUGGGUUUCGCCCCAGGCCUAGCUGGCCAGCAGUUCUUCAACGGGCACCCUCUCUUCCUGCACCCCAGCCAGUUUGCCAUGGGCGGCGCCUUCUCCAGCAUGGCUGCAGGCAUGGGGCCCCUGCUGGCCACAGUAUCCGGGGCAUCCACCGGCGUCUCAGGCCUGGAUUCCACAGCCAUGGCGUCGGCUGCCGCAGCGCAGGGACUGUCCGGGGCGUCGGCUGCCACCCUGCCCUUCCACCUCCAACAACACGUUCUGGCCUCCCAGGGCUUGGCCAUGUCACCUUUCGGCAGUCUGUUUCCUUAUCCCUACACUUACAUGGCCGCCGCUGCCGCUGCCUCCUCCGCGGCCGCCUCCAGCUCCGUGCACCGCCACCCGUUCCUCAAUUUGAACAGCAUGCGCCCCAGGCUGCGUUACAGCCCGUAUUCCAUCCCCGUUCCGGUGCCGGAUAGCAGCAGCUUGCUGGCGUUACCAUCCAUGGCUUCCGCCGCGGGGCCACUAGACGGCAAAGCGGCGGCCCUGGCAGCCAGCCCAGCUUCGGUGGCUGUGGACUCCGGGUCGGAACUGAACAGCCGCUCAUCCACGCUGUCCUCCGGCUCAGUGUCCUUGUCACCCAAACUCUGCUCCGAGAAAGAGGCGGCUACCAGCGAACUGCAGAGCAUCCAGCGGCUGGUCAGUGGCUUGGAAGCCAAGCCAGACAGGUCCUGCAGCGGGUCCCCUUAAAACAAACAAACCAACCAACCGCCCCCUCCCCCCCAAUCCCCAAGGUCUCUCCAUUCCAGUUUGGUCAAAUCUGCCAGUGCACUUUGUUAGAUGUAAGAUAAACUACGGGCCUUCCACAUGGGGUGACCCCCAUCCCUUUCAAUUUUGUCUGGGAAGGAGCAGUACAAUCCUUCCACAGAGCGUGCUAGAGACCACAGGCCCUGUCGCCGUCUUGGGCUGUGUGACCAGGCUGCUGUUGCAUUGAGACACGGGGCUGUGAGGGGGGCAAACAGGUUUUUUGUGUCUAGAGCGACUUCUGUGCAGGCUGGUGUGGAAGUUGGGGAUGAAGGACAAGGUAGCCAGGCCGGCCAGGAGCGCGGGUCUUUGAGAGAGAGACUUCACCCGAAUCUUUUCUCCUUCGUGUGUCUAAUGGAAAGAUUUCCCCCCCCCCCCAAACAAACAAACAAAAUCAAUAUGGGGGUGGGGAGAAGAAGUCCCGUGGAACCUGUCUAUGAAGACUGAAACUCACCAGUUGCUGAGUACUUUCGUUGGGGCAGGGAGAGGAGGGGCCUUGUCCUUGCCCCGGUCUAUAUUAAAGGAAUCCUGUGUCUUUUUUAAAAAAUAUU